AUGCAGAAACUCUCCCUGUCUGGAAAUCAUAGUUGCAAUAACAGUGUUUUAUCCAGUAGCAAAACGCCAACCAGAGUAGAAAAUAAAAAGGGAAAGAAAACACCAUCCAAAAAUAAGUCACCAGGGCGAUCAACCACUCCUACACCUAACAAAGCAUCGAAAACACCAAACAAAGCAGAUAGAUUUAUUCCUUCAAGAAGCAAUUCUAACUAUGACUUAUGUCAUUACAUGUUGAGCAGAGAUGAAGAUAAAAACAAAAUUGAAGAGCUUGCAGUACAAUCUGCUACAAGUGAAGCUAUUGGUAGAGCUCUCACAGACACUGAGCCAGGAAAACUAUUACAGUAUAACUGCAAGGCCCCUGCGGCUCCUGAAGGAUAUAAUAACAGGCUCCGUGUUGUAUAUUCCCAGGCAAAAGUACCAUCUUCAGUUAAGAAUACAACAAGAUAUAUUCCACAAGCACCAGAUAGGAUUCUUGAUGCCCCUGAUAUUUUGGAUGAUUAUUAUUUGAAUUUAGUGGACUGGAGUGCAUCAAACAUACUUGCAGUUGCACUAGGGAACUCUGUGUACCUAUGGAAUGCAGGUACAGGACAAAUAGAGCAACUAUUGACUUUAGAAGGAACCGAGACUGUUUGUUCAGUUGCUUGGGUGCAAGGAGGAGGCAGUCAUUUAGCAGUAGGCACUUCCUCUGCCACUGUUGAGUUAUGGGAUUGUGAAAAAAUUAAAAGAUUAAGGAUAAUGGACGGUCACGAGGGCCGCGUGGGCGCGCUGGCGUGGAACCUGUACGUGCUGUCGAGCGGCGCGCGCGACGGCCGCGUGGUACACCACGACGUGCGCCAGCGUGAUCACGUCGUCGCCGCGCUGGCGGCGCACACGCAGGAGAUAUGUGGACUUAAAUGGUCUCCAGAUGGCAAAUACUUGGCUUCAGGUGGCAACGAUAAUUUACUCAAUGUUUGGCCCAUUGCUCAAGGACAGCAUUAUUCUCAACCACAAUAUUUAUACUCCUUCAACCAGCACCUAGCGGCAGUGAAGGGCCUCGCGUGGUGUCCAUGGAGCGCGGGCGUGCUGGCGUCGGGCGGCGGCACCGCAGACCGCACCAUCCGCCUAUGGAACAUCAACACCGGCGCUAACAUCAACACUGUCGACACCAAGUCGCAGGUGUGCUCAAUCCAAUGGAGCACUCACUACAAGGAGCUGAUAUCCGGCCACGGCUACGCUCAGAACCAGCUGACCAUCUGGAAGUACCCGGCGCUGACGCGCGUGGCCGAGCUGCACGGGCACGUGGCGCGCGUGCUGCACCUCGCGCUGUCGCCCGACGGCACCACCGUGCUGUCCGCCGGCGCCGACGAGACGCUGCGCCUCUGGAAAUGCUUCAUGUUAGAUCCUUCAAAGAAAAAAGAACCGACUGACUCCAAGGCAACUAAAUCGCUACUUAAUAUGAACUCAUUGAUUCGA